AUGCCAUUACCACCGACGCCGCUGCCGGCCUUUCGAAAAACGAUCGGACAGGUCCUCCGCACGGGCCUGAACAGCAGCUUCGAAGCGACGGCGCCGCCGGCGGCCGCGCGCGCCGUGCGCCUCGACUGCCGCGGCGGCUUCGACGCGCCGACGGCGGGCCUCGCGCCCGGCGCCGUGCAGGCGAACCUCGUCGUCGUGCCGCGCGCCGCGGCCUUCGACUUUGCGCGCUUCUGCCUUUUGAACCCGCGGCCGUGCCCGCUGCUCGCGGUGAGCGACGACGGUUUCGCGCUCGGCGGCGACCUGCGGACGGACCUGCCGCGCUACCUCGUCUGGCGCGACGGCGCCGUCGCCGAGGAGCGGUCCGACGUCGCGGACCUCUGGACCGACGACAUGGUCGGCUUCCUGCUCGGCUGCUCGUUCUCCUGGGAGGGCCGCCUCGAGGCCGCGGGGCUGACGCCGCGCCACGUGGAACAACAAAGAAACGUGCCCAUGUACCGCACGGCCGUGCCCAACGCGCGCGCCGGGCCCUUCGGGGGGUCGCUCGUCGUGAGCAUGCGGCCCUACGCGGAGCGCGACGUCGCGGCCGUCGCCGCGGCGACGGCGCCGUUCCCCGCGGCGCACGGCGCGCCCGUGCACUGGGGCGACCCGGCCGACAUCGGCGUCGGCGACCUCGGCGCGCCGGACUUCGGCGACGCCGUCGAGGUGCGACCCGGCGACGUGCCCGUCUUCUGGGCCUGCGGCGUGACGCCGCAGACGGCGCUCGCGGCCGCGGGCCUGCCGCUCGCGGUGACGCACGCGCCCGGCCACAUGUUCGUCUGCGACCUGCGCGACGACGACCUAAGGGUUUAG